CUUUGCCCUCUGCUGUCUGGUUCAUUCUCAGGAAGAUGAGGCUCAGGGCUUCACCCUUCCAGGUUCAAGUUCAGCAAAAGAGAGCAAGUGGUUGUCCCAGCCAAGGUUCUAAUUAAGAUUUACUCUGAUUGGACCAGCCUAGGUCUUGCAUCGCUUUCUACCAAUCAUAUUUGGUAGGGAGCUGCUGUGCUCUGAUUGGCUGGGCCUGGACCACUUGCCAGCCAGAGUGAGGAGUGGAGGUACCUUGUCCAAACCACAUGCACCAGGGUGGAGGGGUUGCUCUCCACAUGGAGACUGAGGGCCUGGCUGGAAUUUGGGGAUGUGGGUGUCAGACAGCUAGAAACCUGCAACCACUACUACUGGAGGUCACAGGAAGGUGUCCCAACAAUGUAAGGAAGCAAUGCCAGUCCCAGCAGUCACUAAGCAAAGGUGAAUUUGUUUAAAAGACAGAUGGGCCGGUUUAAGACUUGAAGUUCAUCCAUGAGGCACAGGUAUGGAGUUGGUAUGGUGCCCGGUAUGGAGUUGGUCACCUUGGUGUUUGCUAAGUUACAAAUGCCAGACUUGACACUCCUGUAGACAAUUACGCCUCUUCAUCUAAACUCUGUCCCUUCAUUCAGUUACGGAGCACUCACUCUGUGCCAGGUACUGUUCUGGGUGGGGGGCGGGGGAAUCAUCCAGGUACCUGGAUCCAGGUGUGCACAUGCGUUUUUGACGUAAUUAGACAACACUCUAGAGAGGCUACAAUAAAGGAAUAAAGGGAUAGAAAACCCCACCUGGAGGCUCAGAAGUCCCCAAUUCCCAGCCAGUGAAGUGCUUUGAGUUUCUGUUUUCUUCUCUCCCCCCGGAGCUCCCAGUCACCCCCGAUGCCCUGAAGUCCUGAAGUUCUGAUGCCCGGCUUUUUAGCUCACUGGCCUCCCAGGAGCCUCACCGUCUAGAAAGGAACUAGUUGCAGAGGGAAACCCCCCAGCUCUAUUAGUUUCAACUCAAAGGAGUUGGCCGCUUUUAAAGCGACUUCUCUAUGGAACAAACAAAAGCCCACAUUGAGACCAUCGCACCCCAGGAACACAGAGGCGGCAGGUCAGAACCCACUCCUGAACCUUCACUGUCUAAAAGAGGGCAGCGCCCCCUCUAGGCCAGAGUCUGAGGGGCAUCUCCGUCUGCCUCCUGCUCUUCCUGGGGCCUCUGGUCAGCCCCGUCUGGUGGCCCAGGCCCCCUGCCUCCCUCCCCCCUCCCACACUCACACCUCUGAUCGGAGUGACUCUCACUUCCUCAAAGCCUCCUUGGCCACACCCUCCCUGUCUCCGCUUCGGCAUUCGCACCUCUGCUGUCAGACUGAACUAGCAUUUCCUCAAAGCCACAUUCUUUAACCCCAGGCCAUUGCACAGCUGAUCCCGUCCUCUUUCCUGGAAUAAUUUCCUCUGCUCCUUGAACUUCCCUGCAUGCCAAGGUGGGCCUGAUUUACCUGAGCCUGCCCCAGUGGGCACAACUGUUGCCUUAUUCCAAUAACAUCAGUAAAUUAAUUCUCUCACCAUUGUGGGGUCUCACCCAGCACAUAUCACCUCAUUUCAUCCUCCUAUUGGCCUUGCAAGAAACCAAGAGACACCUGUGACCCCAAGCAUGGCACCCGAGCAGAAGAGCAGAUGGAGAAGUGCAAACGCCUACGGUGCCAGGACUAUGCCAGGCCCGGGGACACAGUGAGGACCCACACAGAGUCUCCCUUCCGGAGCCCACAGCUCCUUGAGCUGAGUCUUGGUGAGCUUGGAUUAGAGGCCACAUGGAGGAGGCAGGGGGUUCCGAGAAGUCCAGGAGCAGGACCCCUGAAGGAGGACUCAGUUCAUCUCACAUCCGGAGGUGAUGGGAGAGCUGGGUUGGGGUGGGGGUGGGCACAGCCUGUGCAAAGGCCCGGAGGAGAACCAACACCGGUUCUGACCCGUGAGCAUUCAGAAAACAGAAAUCAGGCCCCGAACGCCCCUGCUCGCACCUGAGAAGCCCCCAGCCCAGCCAGGCUGAGAUGGGGAGUCUGGCAUGGGGACCUUCCCCAGCCUGGCUGCACUGCCGCACCUCCCCCUUUUCAGACACACCAGUGUCACCCCAAUUCCCUCAAACACACACACUUGUCCCCACCUCAGCUCCGAGACCCUGCCCUUCCCUCUGCCUGGGGCUCUUCCCCAGACAUCCGCUCAGUCACUGCCCCUAUCAGAGAGGCCUUCUGGGUUCACCUGCCUAAUGAGUGAAUGGGAGACUGACGGACUCUGUACGUGAUUGGAUGAGGCUGGGUGCGGUUGGACACCAGGUGGGCGGGGGAAUUAGCAGAGGAGGAGACAGGCUGUGUUGGGGGGAGCAGGUGCAGGGGGAGUGUAAAACCUGGUGGGUGAUGAGAAGCUGCAGGAGGCCCUGUUGGGGGGGAAGCCAGUGCCGCACUCCCAGGAGCUGCCUCAGAGCCCACCGACUCCUCUCCAACUUGGCCAGACGAGAGAGUGAGGCCUGGAGGGAGGGCCUCGUGCAGGGCCCGCAGUGAGUGGAAGGACAGCGGCAAGAGGCAGGUGUUCCAGGCACAUGCCAGGAUGUGCCUGGUCCUACUGUGUGCUGCAGCAGCCAGGAUGGCACCUCUGGGAGAACCAGAGUCCUGGCUCUCCGAGGGCCUACUACACAGCAGCCCUAUGACCCAGUAGGUCGUGUACCGGUCUUGAGGAAUGGGGCCUGGCACAUAGUAGGUGUUCAACAAAGACUCAUUUCUUUCUCCCUGCCUUUCUGACUGGUACCCCCUUGCCCUCCUGGGAAGGGGUCGGGCUGCUCCGCGGCAGGGUGCGAGAGAGCGCACCUUUGGCAUGAGGCUGUCCAGCUUCUCCGUGUGAUCUGAGUGGACUGUGCCCCCUCUCUGAGCCCGAGCUUCCUCAUCUGCAAACCGGACACAUUGACGCUGCUCACCAGAGUGGGUGUGGGGGUGUGAAGCAAGAUAAUGGACAAGAAGCAGCCUGCCGUUAAUAAAAAUAGCCGUCAUCACCCAGUGACCUUUAGGAGUUUGUACUGCUCACGCUGAAAGAGGAUCUGAGGAUGGUGUAGCCUAACCUCCCCAUAACUCUGAUGAGGAAACCGAGGCCUCGGGAGAAGAGGACUCACUCACAGUCACACGGCCACUCAGCGCAAGCUGGGGUGUGGAGUCGGGGGCAGCCAGGCCUGUGCUCAGGGCCAGGCCAAGCCCCUUAUACCCAGGGACCAAACCUGCCCACCACCUGCUGGCCUGCAGCCUGCCACUAAGGACAGAUUUCACAGAUGGCCACUUGCAACCGAUUUGUGUUUCCCACGAACUUUGAAUUCCAAUUAAUCCAAAUAUUAUUCCCCCCAAAGAAUUCUACUCUUCUCAGCGGUAGAACUGCAUCACAGACGUUGUCUUCAAUUAGUGCUAUUAUAUUUGGGAAUUUUGUCAACUUUCUUGGCCCCUGCCCCCCAGGACUGCAGUAUUUAUCCUUCUCCCUGUCCUGCCACACCUCACCCUGCCCAGGGCUCUCCAGACUCAGCCAGUCUCGGGACUGACACCCCGACCUGGCCUUUCUCUGUGGCUGGUGUCUGGCCCAUAGCUGGCGAACGGGAACUUGGACUCUCAUUCCAGUGCUCACCCCAUGCUCCUGGUGGCACAGGCCAACCCCACACCCACUUGGCCUCAGGACCCAGGUGUCACCCUGGCAGACAUGGGCCAUGGUGGCCGGGGGUGGGGGGCGUCUGGUCCCUGGCUCUCAGCCUCCGGCUUCCCUGAGCACCUCUCUCUUCUCUCCAGCCCCCUAUGGGAGCCAAGGCCAGCGUGGGUGGCUGAAAUCUCCCUGGUAACAGGGCCUCUCCCCCCCCACCACCAGCCUCCUCCCCUAAGCAGGCCGGUCCCUCCUCCCUCACCGGCACCUGCUCUGUGGCCCCUGGGCCCCUCCUCCAGCCCCUCCCACACCCUCACUCCUGAUCCCUCCUUCCCUGGCUCACCAUGUCACCAUCUGUGGCACAAUCCUUCUCUGUCAUUCUCUGCCACCCCCUCCUGCCUCUAUCUCUAUCCCUGCUCUCUCUCCACAUCUCUUCCUCUCGUCCCUUCUCUCGCUCUCUUUCCUCCUCCCUUUCUUCUUCUCCCUGUCACGCAUUUCUCAUCACUCCCCCUCAUUCUGGCUUUCCACCCACUCACUGUCCUCUCUCUCUCUCUCUCUCUCUCCCUCCCUCCCUCCACCUCCGACCGACCUCCCUCUUCCCUCUCUCUCUAUUGGCUCCGACAGUCUCCUGUUCCCUAUUUCUCAUCUUUCCUUGGGAGGCUUCUCCCUCCAUCCCCACUGCAGGCUCCUGCUUGCAGACCCCCGUGUGUCCCGACCCUCCAGGAUGUGUCCUGGAGAUGAGGGGUGACACACCAGGCACCAGUGGGAAGUCAGGGCUGGAGACCAGAUGGAAGAGGCUUGGUGGGCAGACGUGGCCACCGAGGGCCUAGGAAGGGGCCCGGGCCGCAAGUGGUCUACAAGUGGGCACCGUGUGCAGCCCCCAGCUAAGGGGUGCUCGGGGGGCAGCUGGGCACAGUGCAGGGAGAGGGGCAGCAGAAUGGUUACCAGCUUGGCAGCAAAGAGGGGAUCCUUCACCCCACGGGCAGAAUCUUGGAAUCACAGUACAGCAGAGUGUCAGAGCUGGAAGAAGCCAGACGCACCGGGCUGCCCGGCCUCCCCAGCUCCCGAGCCGGCUUCCCCGCACCCCUGUCUGCACCGGGCACCUUGCUCAGCGCGCUCCUGGGGAACCUCCACUGCAACCCUGGGAGGACAAUAGCUGACUGUGGACUGCCCUCCACUCAGGCAUGGACGCCCUUGGCUACCCUCCCUUGGUGCCCACAACCUCGGAACCUGGGAACACCUCCUCAGCCUGGCUGCUGGAUGCCACCCUGGGAAAUGUGUCUGUGGCCCCGAGCACAGCUGGGCUGGCCGUCCGUGGGGUCCUGAUCCCGCUGGUCUACCUGGUGGUGUGCGUGGUGGGCCUGCUGGGCAACUCACUGGUGAUCUACGUGGUCCUGCGGCACACGGCCAGCGCAUCUGUCACCAACGUCUACAUCCUCAACCUGGCGCUGGCCGAUGAGCUGUUCAUGCUGGGGCUGCCCUUCCUGGCUGCCCAGAAUGCCCUGUCCUACUGGCCCUUCGGCUCCCUCAUGUGCCGCCUGGUCAUGGCCGUGGACGGCAUCAACCAGUUCACCAGCAUCUUCUGCCUCACGGUCAUGAGCGUGGACCGCUACCUGGCGGUGGUGCACCCCACCCGCUCCGCGCGCUGGCGCACAGCACCGGUGGCCCGCAUGGUCAGCGCAGCAGUCUGGGUGGCCUCAGCUGUGGUGGUGCUGCCCGUGGUGGUCUUCUCAGGGGUUCCCCGGGGCAUGAGCACCUGCCACAUGCAGUGGCCUGAGCCGGCGGCGGCCUGGCGGGCUGGCUUCAUCAUCUACACGGCCGCGCUGGGUUUCUUCGGGCCACUUCUGGUCAUCUGCCUCUGCUACCUGCUCAUAGUGGUCAAGAUGCGCUCGGCCGGACGGCGGGUGUGGGCGCCCUCGUGCCAGCGGCGGCGGCGCUCCGAGCGCAGGGUGACGCGCAUGGUGGUGGCCGUGGUGGUGCUCUUCGUCCUCUGCUGGAUGCCCUUCUACGUGCUCAACAUCGUCAACGUCGUGUGCCCGCUGCCCGAGGAGCCCGCCUUCUUCGGCCUCUACUUUCUGGUGGUGGCACUGCCCUACGCCAACAGCUGCGCCAACCCCGUCCUUUACGGCUUCCUCUCCUACCGCUUCAAGCAGGGCUUCCGCCGCGUCCUGCUCCGCCCUUCCCGCCGCGUGAGGAGCCAGGAGCCCCCUGCCGGGCCUCCGGAGAAGACAGAGGAGGAGGAUGAGGAGGAAGAGGAUGGGGAGGAGGGUGGGAAGGAGGUUGGGUUGAAGCGGGCAGGGAAACCCGGGGGAGAGAAGGAGAUGAAGGACUGGGUGAGUCAGAUCGCACAGCCGGGCACCAGCGGGCAGGAGCUGCUGCCCGGCCACGUGGCUGGCAAGGAACAGCAGUUCCUGCCCCAAGAGCCCUCAGCUGGGGAGAAGCCGGGCGCACUGCGUGUCAGCUGUGUGUAGGGGCCCGUGGGGAGCCCCCUGGGCCUAAGAACAGGGGCUGUGGGGGUGCCUAGGGCGCAGCGCUCAAGUUGCCAAGGGCCCCCGGAUGGGACGUUCAGAUCUCACAUUCUCUCCUGUGACUCAGGGGUGGGAGUAAUCGGAUGAGGAGACUGGAGGGACAUUACCACUGGGCUGACCCUCCUGAGUGGGGCCCAGCUGUCCCCUUCAGAGACAGAGCACCCUGGCUGAUUGGCUUGAAUCUUGGCCCUCAGAUGGAUAAACCAAGGCCUGGGUCUUCUGGGCUCAGAGUCAGGCUCAUAGGAGAAGGACUGGGGCCCAGAUUCACAGGGAGCUGGACCAGGGCCCAGAGUCGAAGAACGCCAUACCCCACAGAGGGGAGGGGUAUGGGACCAGCCCUCCCCUGUUUGCUGGCUGCAAGGCCUCCAGCCAUCUCUUCUUCUCUCUGGGCGGCAGGCCCCGCCUGCUGAGCAGCCCAAUAACCUCCAGGCCCUCUUGGCCCAGACGGUUCAGGCUGGGACUCCUGUGCUCCUGGACACGAGGAGAAGAGGGGGAUUUUCCGAGAAGCUCAUUACAUCCAGCUGCCGGGUCCCUUACUGCUUUGGCCCAUCAGAGACCCUGCGUCUAGUUUUGUAUUUGCAAAUUUUGUAUUGCUUUUCCUAAAGAGGGAUCCCAAAAUGCAUACGCUUGGGCUACCUGAAGCCUAGCUCAGCCCCUGUUGAGGGCAGCCCACCAAUGCCCAAAGCAGCUCACUGUGCGUCCUGUGCCUCCAGGGGUCUCUGGGUCUUUGAGCUCCGGGAACCUCCCUGUAGAAGCUGUGCCUGUUCCUCCCCUCUUGGUGGCCAGGAUGGCGGAGAAUGCGGCCCAACACAAGAUUGUAAAUGCACUUGAAACAUUAUGAGAUUUUUUUGUGCUUAUGGGUUGCAAUGUAUUUAAUGUGUGGCCCAAGACAACUCUCCUUCCAGAGUGGCCCAGAGAUGCCAAAAGGUUGGAUACCUCCGAUCUAAACAGUGCUGAGGGGAGGAGGAAGAAGAGGAAAGGGGAGGAAGAGGAAGGAGGAUGAGUGUCUGGAGGGGGAGGGUGGAGGAUAAAUCUGUUCCAUGACCUUGAAGCUGUCCUUGGCACCUCUGGAAUGAACUCAGUUGCGGCAUCCGUGAAACCGGGCUGCCUGGCCCAACCAGCCUCCAGGAAAUGAUGCCAUUGGGUGGAACAGCAAAUGGUCUGGAAGGUGCAGGGCCAGCCCCCUCCAGGGCCUAUCAGUGCUGGUAAGAAGGGCUGGGCCUUGAUGGCUGCUCUGAGAAGCAAGGCCCGGCAGGUCGGGAGCGGGCCUCUCGCCCUGCACAAACCCCCCCCCGGGGCUGCAGAUUGCAAAGGCCCAGGGAGGACAAGACAAAGACUGGGAGCACAGACAGAGGCCAGGGUCCGAGGCUGGGCCUGGACAGCCAGGACACCCUCCGAGAAAUGACCCCCGACAGCCACAGGGAGCCUGGUCCCAGGGACGGUGGGACCUCUGGCUAAGUCUCCACUCUGCAGAGGGUGGGGGGCCCUCGGGGAAAGCACACAAACCUCGGCGUGGGAGAUCCACAUCUUCAACUCACCUCCAGACCCUGGCAAGCUGCAACCUCUCCGGGGCUCAGUUUCCCCAUCAUAAAAUGGGUGCGGUUUUCCCAGCUUGUCUGACUCCUGGGAUUUGGGGAGGAAAAUGGGUCAUGCCAGGUAAACUGCCAUGCACGCUGUAAUGGGCGGGGGUGGGGUGUAUCAGAUGAUAAAGUAGAGGUGGCCCACCCCUGCCAGGCUUGGCUACACCCCCGCCAGGCUCGGCUACACCCCCUUCUCCUCUAUCCUACAACCUCUCUGUAUCUGGCCCUUGGGGGUGAGGACAAGACAAAGGUGGACUUAGGGGUCAGAGGCCAAGGAUCAUGAAGGCAGGGCUUAGAAGAGUGUGUGGCCCCCUUAGGGGAUUGGGGGGGCAAGUGAAGGGGGACCUGGCAUUCCGCAUUCCCUGGCCAGCCCUGCCUUCUUGACUCCUGGGCCAGGGGAGCCUGUUCUGCAAGGGUGGCUGGGAGACCCCUUGGGGAAACUCUUUGCUGCUUCUGCCCCCAGCUCUUGUCAAUAAAGACG